UGUGUGUAUAUAAGGAGGAGUUUGCACACACUCUCACACACAUAUACUCAUACACACUGACACACACACUUUAUUUGAAGACAUUCUGUUAUCAUGGCAUUUAAUGGAACAUGGAAAGUGGACCGCAAUGAGAACUAUGACAAGUUCAUGGAGCAAAUGGGCAUUAGUCUGGUGAAGAGGAAACUCGCAGCUCAUGAUAACCUGAAGAUCACACUGGAACAGAAUGGAGAUAAGUUCCAUGUGAUGGAGAUCAGCACCUUCCGCACACUGGAGCUGGACUUCACACUGGGGGUCACAUUCACAUACUCACUCGCAGACGGAACCGAGCUCUCUGGUUCCUGGGUGAUGGAAGGUGAUGUUUUGAAGGGAAUUUUUGUCCGUAAAGACAACGGCAAAACACUGACCACUGUCAGGAACAUUGUGGGUGAUGAACUGGUACAGAGCUACAGCUAUGAAGGUGUGGAGGCCAAGAGGAUUUUCAAGAAGACAUAAAUGCAUCAUGUCAGAACCCACGUUCUCUCAGGAACCUGCACAGCUUAAUUCCAUCAUCACCUGCAACAGGACAUUCUCAUACACGCUCACACACAUUCACACACACAUACAUUCUCAUACACACUCACACACACAUUCACACACACACACAUUCUCAUACACACUCACACACAUUCACACACACAUACUUUCUCAUACACACUCACACACAUUCACACACAUACAUCCUCAUACACACUCACACACACAUACAUUCUCAUACACACAUACAGUACAUUCUCAUACACACUCACACAUACAUUCUCAUACACACUCACACACACACACACAUACAUUCUCAUACACACUCACACACGCAUUCACACACACAUACAUUCUCAUACACACUCACACACGCAUUCACACACAUACAUUUUCAUACACACUCACACACACAUUCACACACACCUACAUUCUCAUACACACAUACACACCAUCACACACAUUCUCAUAUAUACUCACAAACACAUAUACAAUCACUCACACACACUGGUCCAUCUGCUCAUUAUUCAUUUCAUAUUUAUUGAAAUAAAGUCACUAUUCAGACGUC